AUGGCUGCCGAUCGCCAGACUAUCAUGGAGGCCAACCGGUCGCUCCGUAAUAUCAAGAAUGAGCUCGAGACCUUGCUCGAAAAGGGCGUCAUCGACGAGUCCGUCUACGACUCGAUACAUUCCUCACUCCCGCAAGAAUCACCACUGUCAGGGCCUCUCCGAACGACGACCAACAAGGGCGCGACCAGUGCCUCCCCAGCACCAAGCAACAAUACCAGCAACAACAUUCCCACCCCGUCGCUGGCCUCCCUGCACCUCAACGAAAAGUCGCCUUCGCCUGCGCCGCCGUCGUACGAUCAGACACCAGCUCCCAGUCUCCCCACUCGCAACAACGCCAAGCCCAUUGUCGCCUACGCCCGUGCGCUCUACCGCUACGAUGCCUCCGACGCUCGCGACGUGUCCUUUGAGAAGGACGACAAGAUCGUCGUGCACGAGUACAUGAACCAGGACUGGUGGAUGGGCCAGAACACGCGCACUGGUCGUGAGGGCAUCUUCCCCCGCAACUACGUCCUCGUCGACCACUCGGAGAAGCAGCCUGUGCCACAGCACGGCUAUCCAACACAGCCGCAGUACGCCGGUGGCCCUCCCGCCCAGCAGAACCCAUACAACUCGCAUGUGCCACCCAUGGCGGUCGCAGAGGGCGGCCAGCCGUCGCACGAUGAGAAUGGUGAGCCGAACAAGGCGCAGCAGUAUGGAAAGAAGUUUGGCAAGAAGCUGGGGAACGCGGCGAUCUUUGGUGCUGGUGCGACGAUAGGAGGAAACAUUGUCAACUCCAUCUUUUAA